AUGUAUACAACCAAUGAUGCUGGCGCUAAAAUCACACCAGCAGAUUACCUUGCAAGUGCAACAAUUGCAUCGGCGUGGAAAAAAUCACAAACUAAGAACGAUGAUGUUCUGUUCUACAACUGCACAAGCACAAAUGAGAAUACUUUCCUAUGGAGGGAAAGCUUUGAGAAAAACAAACAUCUUUUCAUGGAAUACGCGCCUUAUAAAAAGAUUAUUUGGUAUCCAAAUCUCACGUUUACUUCCAGCUACAUAUGGAACAUGACAUGCCUGAUUCUGUUUCAAUUAUUCCCCGCAAUGUUUCUCGAUCUUUUUCGAAUGCUAUCCGGAAAGAAACCAAUCUUCACAUCACUUCAAAUGAAAGUUAUCAAAGGAAUCAAAAUUUUCUAUUAUUUCACAACAAGGAACUUUCUUUUCGAGACUGAUAAGCUUCACAAUCUUUUCAAUUCAUUGGAUAAGGAUGAUAAGAUAAAGUUUUACUUCGAUCACACAACAAUUUAUUGGCCUGAUUAUUUUGAAAAUGGUGGGCGGAAUCUUCGAAAAUAUAUUCUUAAAGAAAGUGAAUUAAACAUCCCAAAAGCUCAACAGAAGUUAAGAAAACUUUAUUAUGCUGACAGAAGUUUAAAGAUCUUUGGAGUUUUACUUUUAAGUUAUUAUCUUUGGCAAUUGACUCAAUGGGUUCUAACUUGA